AUGGUGACGAAAUCAAAGACUCCAAGUACUGGGCAAGGUGAUACCAAAGCCGCCGCAGCUGCUGCAGAGGCUGCUUUAGCCAACACGAAUGACCCGAAGGUGGAGGAGGAAAGUCAAAUUAAAAGUGGCACGUUUUUGUUUAGUGACGGUAGCAAAUACAUCGGUGACUACUGCUUAGUUGGUGGUAAGGUGGUUCGUCAAGGGCGUGGCUCUUUCGAUGCAGGAGCCGAACAAUACGAAGGUGAAUGGCUUAACGAUCAGAUGCACGGCCGAGGGAGGUACUGCUUCGGAACAGGUGCAAUUUACGACGGAGAGUUCCAAACUAAUCUAUUUCACGGAAAAGGAACUUACUAUUGGACGGACGGAGCCCAUUAUGAAGGAAGUUGGCACCUUAAUCGAAUGCACGGGGACGGUGUUUAUAAAGACAAAAAUGGCGCAGAGUGGCGCGGUCGCUUUAUAAACGGCAAGUACGACAAUGGUCGCAUCUUGCACGUAGUGAGAUGA